AAAAAUAAUGCUGGCUCUUCCGGCGCCUGGCGAUGCUGACAAGGAGCCGCAAGUCCUCUGUGGCAUUUGCCUGCGAUCGCGGAGGGUUGAACCAGCAGGGCAUGCCUUUCAUGCGGUGCAUGAGAAACCGAAGUUGGAGGGCCGACGGCGUCCUGCGGCUGCAAAGAAGGAUGCUGAGAGUGAAGAUGAAGGCCCUUCCCCUUCAGACUCUUGGAAGAAGAAGAAGAAGGAUGGCACGGGGAAGAGCGCCUUGAAGCUGAGUGCCCUGGUGCAGGGUGAAGAUUUGUACAAACUCCUCGAGGUCAGUGAGACCUCCUCCGUUGAGCAAAUCAAGAAGCAGUACCGCAAGAUGGCCUUGCAGUACCACCCUGACAAGCAGGGUGAGACUGAAGAGAAAGGUUCAGGGCUCUCGGAGAAGGACCAACAUUUCAUCAAAAUCCAAGAAGCCUAUGAGGUGCUGUCCGAUCAAUCGAAGCGUCGACAGUAUGAUUCGACGCUCGACUUUGACGAUAGCAUCCCAGAAGAGGUUGAUGAAACUCUGGGCUUUUACGAGACCUUUGGCCCGGUCUUCCGAUCCAAUGCCCGGUGGAGCACUAGGUUCCCGGUGCCCGAAUUGGGGAAUGAGACGACCGACAUGUCGAAGGUGCAUAAGUUCUACGAUUUUUGGCUCUCCUUUGAUUCCUGGCGUGACUUUUCCAUGCACGACGAGUACAAUCUCGAAGAUGCAGAGUUCCGAGAGGAACGACGGUGGAUGGAGAGGCAAAAUCAACGGGUUCGCAAAAAGUGCCCUUGGCAAUUGCAGAUGGGUCAGAGCUCUGUGUAUGUCGAAGCCGAACGGCGCCGAAUCAUGCGACUGGCCGAGUUGGCUGAGAAGUUUGACCCGCGAAUACGGGCUGAGCGCGAGGAGCGAGAGAACAAGAAGCGUGAGGAAAAGGAAAGGCGUGCACGCGCCAAACAAGAAGAGCUAGAGGAAAAGCAGAGGAAGGAAGAGGAGAAACGUCGAAAACUUGAGCAAGAACAAGCAGAAGAAGCAGAGAAGGAACGGCUUCUGAAAGAGCAGCGAAAAGCAGAUAAGCAGGCCGCGAAAACUUUGCGCCAGCGAUUCAAAAAGAGUGUUCAAGCUCAGUGCAAGCUGGACAAGAUGGAAAUGGAGGAUCUGCAGGAUUUUUGCCUCGCAUUAGAAGCUGAGCGUUUGCAAGAGCUUUGCGAGAGCUUGGAGGCCAAAUCCGCCGCAGAUGAGUCGGACGCCUUUGUCCGGCAUGAGAUGGCUGAGGCCAAAAAGCGUCAGGUGGAGGAGCAAGAAAGACAAGAGAGGCAGCGACAAGAGGCAAGGAAGCGUGAGCAGAAGACAAGUGAUACCAAGGAGUCUGCCCCAUGGACCACAGAAGAGCUUGGUCUUCUGGCAAAGGGCCUCCAAAAGUUCCCUGGUGGAAUGGGUGGGCGGUGGAACUUGAUUACGAGAUUUCUGAAUGAUAGCGGGCACCAAAGAACUGAGAAGGAGAUUGUUGAGAAGACGAAGGAGCUCUCAGAAGGGCAAUCCUUACGAUCUAUGGGCUCCAAGAUUGGACAGGACAGCUUUCAGGCACCAGCUCCCAAAGCCAAAGCCAAGGCUCAAGCCGCCCAAGUUCAAGAGGAGGGCAAGGCUGCAGAAAAUGGUGUCGAAAAGAAGGAAGAUGCAGCUGAGUGGAGUGCCGAACAGCAGCAAGCGCUUGAAAAGGCACUCCAGAGGCACCCGGCCACCUUGGAUAAGAACGAAAGAUGGAAACUGAUAGCUGCUGAUGUUCCAGGAAAGACGAAAGGUCAGUGUGUCGAGCGCUUCAAGUUUUUACGGGAGCAGCUUAGCAAGGCCAAAAGUUGACAUGGGCCGACACGCCAACGUGUUUGGCGCGACGCCCGAUGGUACCUCGUGCGACCAAUAAGCCGCGUCCAAAA